AUCUUAUGAACAAACACGGUAAGGCCAAAGUAAGCGGCGGAGCUAAAAGCUAAAGUCUAAAGUGGCGUUUAAAGGUACGGUGCUUAAUGGGGCGAAGGUAGCGAUAAUCUACUUUUCUUUUAAGCCGUAAAAGUCACUUUCGUUAAAGUUCAUGUGUCUGGGUUUACUUUCAAUUCCACGGACUGUCGGCAGGGCAAGCUACGAGGCGAGAAAUUCUUUAAACUGUCCUGAACUCCAUUUGUGUGUCGUGCCAAAACUGCUGAUAUGUCACACCCCAACGAGGAGUGCGACGGCAGCGCGAUGCCAGGCCGUGUUCAUCUGAUCGAAUUAUAGUUGGGAAGUGCCCUGGAAGUUUUCGUCCUGCUAUCUGUGUCGGCGACGCGCCAAACAACCACCAUGUUCAACGGCGCCGACGUGCUCGCCAGGCGCACGACGCCAACGAUGGCGCCCAAUAUGCCGUCGAUAUUCCCGUUCUGCGAGCACGCGCCCAACUCCGAUCAGCUCGUCGUGCGACAUCGCCGCACCAGCUCGUGCGACGAGCUGAGGUUCGACGACGACCAUCAGCAGCCUCGAGAGUGCCCGUCUUCCUCCUCGUCGUUGUCGUCUUCGUUCGGUUCGUUCGCCGCCUCAGCGCCAGUACCAACCGGCGCCGCUGCCGCUAAGCAACCACCGCAGUCCCCCGAAAAGGUCAGGACGAAGUUAAUGUCAGUGUGGAACAACGUUCGCUACGGCUGGACGAUGCGCAAGAAGGCCAACUUCAGCGACGAAGAGGCCAUCUGGCUCCUGGGCGUCAUGUAUCACCGCAAGAUACAGACGAGGAGUUCGACCCCUCUCUGGUCGUGCACGUCGUCUAUGUCCUCGCAGAAGUCGUGGACUCCCAUGACGCUUUCGCCCAGGCCUAUGUGGGGCCAGUCCGAGCCGGCGGCGGCGGACGAGGACGACGGCAGGCUCGCCAGCUACGAGCUGUUCCUCGAGGACUUUUCGAGCCGCCUGUGGUUCACCUACCGGCGCGAGUUCUCGCCCAUUCCGGGCACGGACAUCACCUCGGACUGCGGUUGGGGAUGCAUGCUUCGCAGCAGCCAGAUGAUGCUCGCGCAAGCUUUAAUGACGCACGUCCUUGGCCGCAACUGGCGCUACCGUAGGAACCGCCAGACCGAGGCCUCCGACUACAUGCAUCGCACCAUCGUCAGGUGGUUCGGCGACCGGACGGCCGAUGCAAGCCCCUUCUCUCUGCACAAGCUGGUGCAGAUGGGUCACGAAAGUGGCAAGCAGGCGGGCGACUGGUAUGGUCCGUCCAGUGCCGCCUACAUCCUCAAGGAGGCCCUCGAGGGUGCCUGCCAGAUAGAGCGCCUGCUGUGGGACCUGCGCAUCUACGUUGCGCAGGACUGCACCAUCUACCUGGAGGACGUGCGGGCACUCUGCCGGGGCACCAGGCCCGACGGAACACCGCUGUGGCGCUCGCUCAUCGUCCUGGUGCCCGUCCGCCUGGGCGGCGAGCACCUGAAUGCCACAUACAUCCCGUGCGUCAAGGGCAUGCUGUCGCACCCCAACUGCAUAGGUGUCAUCGGUGGUCGCCCACGCCACUCGCUGUACUUUCUCGGCUGGCAGGGCGAAAAAGUGGUCUACUUGGACCCUCACUAUGUUCAAGAAGCAGUCGAUGUAGGCAAACAAGAUUUUCCUCUUGACUCCUUUCACUGUUCAUGGCCACGGAAGAUGUCUUUCUAUAAAAUGGACCCAAGUUGCACCAUGGGUUUCUACUGCAAAACGGAGGAGGAGUUUGAGCGGUUUGUGAAGGACGUUAAGCUGCUGGCAGUGCCGAUGGAGUCGCGGCACGAAUACCCUGUCUUCCUCGUCUCCGAAGGGAGCUGCGUGGACCACACGGACACGUCGGAAACUGACGGAGCAGACUUUGCCCACUUCCUCCAGGAUCUAAGGGAGAACACGGACCGCUCCCACUCUGAAGAGUACAUCAUACUCUGAGCAUCCCUUUUGAUUUGAUCAUAUUUGCCUAGUGCCUGCUCACCCCACGCUGCUAUCUCACCUGAAAACAUGUUUGCUGCUGAAUAUAAAACUCGGGUUGUCCUAUUAAAAAAGGCCACACACACCCCCAUAGCCUCCAUAUCCAAUAUAAUCCCAAGCAGUAUCUUGUAGUAUAAGCUGCAUGCGUCCUGUAUAAAAGCCUGUACUAUCUCAUUUGAUCAUGUGGUACUGUAUGAUGUGGAGGAAAUUGGGGCCCCAUAACCUCCAUAUGCGAUACUCGCCACAUUUCUGCCCAUUUUUAUAAUUGAUCCUGCAUAAAAGGUGCUGUCAUUUUAUGUAAUGUUGCGAGAUUGUUGGAUUAUCCUUGAUAAUCAGUAACCCCAUAUUUUCACAGGUUUUUAAGCGGGAUCCCAUGCAAAGACCUGUAUGAUCCUGCGUAAUAUAUUGUAUUGACCUCAAUGUCCAGUCACCGCAUAUUUUUAUAGGUUUUACAUAGGAUUCCAUACAUAAGAGUCAUCCUUCGGUCAUCAUCGUAGGGUGUUAUGGGAUUGUUGAAUAUGGAGGUAUUGUGGUGUAUGGUUUUUUUUACAGGGUUACAGCACCGUGACCUUGGCUUGUGUAGUAAAAAACUAUGUUGACCUCUCUUACUGAGAUGAUGCAACACAAUUAAAGCUUGAGAAAGUUAGUGACAGUGUGAUAUGGUGGUGAAAAGGAACAGGUUGGGACACUGGUAUCGCUCAGGUGGCAUAAAAAUAUGUUUUUUCUUUUUCUGCAUUUUAAACAGUAGGAGCUUUUCAGCAUCUGUCCUGUAUUGCAAGAUUGAUGAUCCGGUGUUUUCAUAAAUGUGCCGUGGACAGAUCAUGGUGUGCAAUUAUCAGACACAUAUCAUCCAAUACUCUGGAUUUUGAUGUGCCGACACCUAAAAUUACAUUAUCGUUCUCAUAUGGGAACAUUGCAGAAUUGUAAAAAGAAAGAAAGAGGGAGAGAAAGAGAGUUAAUAAUAUUAGUGAUUUUUUGUCUUUGUCCUUUGUGCUGGUUACAUUAAAUAUGAUUCCAACCAAA